CCCGCACCCCGCGCUCUCCCGGCCCGCGCCGCGCGCUCUCCCGCCCCGCGCCCCGCGCCCCGCGCCCGCCCGCCCGCCCGCCUUCCCGAUCUCCUCUCCUGAUUCGCGCUCGGCCCCAAGUAUGGAGUUGCUGUGCUGCGAGGGCACCCGGCACGCGCCCCGGGCCGGGCCCGACCCGCGGCUGCUCGGGGACCAGCGUGUCCUGCAGAGCCUGCUCCGCCUGGAGGAGCGCUACGUGCCCCGGGCCUCCUACUUCCAGUGCGUGCAGAAGGAGAUCAAGCCGCAGAUGCGGAAGAUGCUGGCAUAUUGGAUGCUGGAGGUGUGCGAGGAGCAGCGCUGCGAGGAGGAAGUCUUCCCCCUGGCCAUGAACUACCUGGAUCGGUACCUAUCCUGCGUCCCUACCCGCAAGGCGCAGUUGCAGCUCCUGGGCUCGGUCUGCCUGUUGCUGGCCUCCAAGCUGCGGGAGACCGCGCCCCUGACCAUCGAGAAGCUGUGCCUCUACACUGACCAAGCUGUGGCUGCUUGGCAGUUGCGGGAGUGGGAGGUGCUGGUCCUGGGGAAGCUCAAGUGGGACCUGGCUGCUGUGAUAGCACAUGAUUUCCUGGCUCUGAUUCUGCACCGACUCUCUCUGCCCACGGACCGGCAGGCCUUGGUCAAAAAGCAUGCGCAGACUUUUUUGGCACUAUGCGCUACAGAUUACACUUUCGCCAUGUACCCGCCAUCCAUGAUCGCGACCGGCAGCAUCGGGGCGGCCGUGCAAGGCCUGGGUGCCAGCUCCAUGUCUGGGGAUGAGCUCACGGAGCUGCUGGCCGGCAUUACAGGCACUGAAGUGGACUGCCUGCGGGCCUGCCAGGAGCAGAUUGAAGCUGCGCUGAGGGAGAGCCUCAGGGAAGCUGCCCAGCCCACCCCCAGCCCGGCCCCCAAAGCCCCCCGCGGCUCCAGCAGCCAGGGGCCCAGCCAGACCAGCACACCCACAGAUGUCACUGCCAUCCACCUGUAGCCCACGACAGGCCCCCUCCAGUGGCCACAAGCAGAGGAGGGGCCGCUGCCAUCCCCUCCCUGCUUCCAGAACAGUCCACGCCACAUUCGAAGCUAGAGGGGGCUCUUCCUCCCCCCUCACAAAGCCCGAGGGGCCAGGUCCUGCCUCCCCCCCGCAGUGCACUAAGGGGUCUGGGUGGCCAUGCUGCUCGCGUGGCCAGCCAGCCUCUCUCCCACCUACCCCGGCCAGCUCAGCUCUCGCCUUGACUCUGAAUGCACCUGGGCCUGGCUGGUCAGACAGAAUCGAACAGAUAAAAUCCACGCACCAGCAUUCCCGUUGGAACCCCACUCCCCUUAUGGGGCUCUCAUGUUCUUAACUGCCAAAAUGCCCCCCAGUGCCUUCCAAAGGUGUUGCCCCUCCUAGGGUUCUUGCAUUUGGAUUGGGGUCCUUCAAGCAUCCUGAUCUGAGGGGGAACUUGGUUGAGAUGACUUCCCUCAGCAAUUUGGAGGCCCCGUAGAUAAUCCGUGCUCCUGGCUGCUCCUAGAGGGAAGGGCCUAGGCCUUGGUCCAAGGGUGAGAACCAACAAGCAGAUCCCUCUUUGCUUUCCGCUCAGCUUGUGAUCGAGGGUUUGGUGCUGAAGGAUGAGGUCAUUUUAAUUUAUUAACUGCGUUGAGUACAACUGUAAGGGUACAGUGGGGCCUGUACCCCGUAUGUGGUAGUAACCCUGGUGGUUGCUGAUUCCCUUCCUUCUGCUACCAGCUAGAGGAUCUUUGUGGCCCAGGAGCUGCUACAGCCUGGGGUGGGGCCAUGCCCUCUCCCUCUGGCCCUCUGCCCCACCCUCUAGUGGGAGGACACAGGGUACCCUGGAGGCGACCGAGCUCCCAUCUGGAGACAGGCAAGCCCCAUCAACACGGGUCUUUCCUAAGGCCACAAGGUUCCAGCUGGUGGCCCAGGACCAUCAUGCUGCCUUAAUAAAAAUUCUGGAAUAAAACUGGCUCUGGCUUCUGC